CAAAAGGGAAAGGAGUUAGAACCAAACCAACGGUGUUGAUAGGGCAAACUCAAAAACUCUGCCUUCAUCUCAGUCGUCUCCCUUUUUCCCACUUUCUCCAGCGUCCGAUCCUCCCUUUUCUCCCUCAAUCCUUUCAUUCUCCUCUCCUCGCGCCCAAAUUACAAAUCCCCAGGUAUGGCGGAUGGACAAGGAUCGUCAAGGUCACCGGCGAGUCCAAACGGAGGAGGAAGUCAUGAGAGUGGUGGAGACCAAAGCCCUAGGUCUAAUGUACGUGAACAGGAUAGGUUUCUUCCUAUAGCUAAUAUUAGUCGAAUCAUGAAAAAGGCGCUUCCUGCUAAUGGAAAAAUUGCAAAGGAUGCUAAGGAGACUGUUCAGGAAUGUGUUUCCGAGUUCAUUAGCUUCAUUACCAGCGAGGCAAGUGACAAGUGCCAGAAAGAGAAAAGAAAGACUAUUAAUGGUGACGAUUUGCUAUGGGCAAUGGCAACUCUAGGUUUUGAAGAUUAUAUUGAGCCACUCAAGGUGUACCUCGCUCGGUACAGAGAGAUGGAGGUAAGUGAAUGUCUAAUACAGUGUCUUUAUAGUCAUUUCCAUUUUCUUCCCUUUUUUUGUUUUGCUUUGGGAGCAACUGAUUCAUUUGGUAGGGUGAUACAAAGGGAUCUGCCAAGACUGCUGAUGGGUCUGCUAAAAGAGAAGGGAUGCAACCUAGUCCUAGUUCACAGCUUGCACAUCAAGGUUCAUUCUCGCAAGGAAUGAAUUAUGGAAACUCUCAGGGUCAGCAUAUGAUGGUCCCGAUGCAAGGAACAGAUUAAAAUCCAAUCUUCACUCUGUUUGAGAUGGUAGGACUUCAAACGUGUUCUAUAUAUAGAUCCUCCCCGGUAAGCUCUGUAUCAUGGUUGAUUUAUUCAAGUCCGGGACAUAUGCUAUUUAAGUUUGUAAAUUUAGGAGAUGUUCAAGUAAAGACCUGAUUGUUUGUAGUAAUAACAAGAACCAUUACCUAGUAUUUAGGAUAUUGUUUCUCUUUGGAUGAAAUUAAAAUUUGCCCUUUCUUAUUCUC